AUGUCAAUGCUACCACCGCCUUUCCCACCUACUAAGAGGCAGUCGCCCACAAAUACUUCGACCCCUUCGACCGGUACCGCUCCUUCCUCGGCUCCGGUACAGCAUGACGAUGCUCAGCUCAAAGAAGUAUUCAAAGAAUUUGAGGAUUACAAAUUUACCGAAGAUCCAACGUUCAAUGCUGGUUUACCGACUGUAUUCGACGCUAUCAAAGGAAAAAAGAUGUCACCAGGAUUGAUUGAUAAAACAAUAGCAGAAGCACAGUGGUUCUACUUUACUACUAGAAUCAAGCACAUCUCCAUCCCAUUCUCAACCUACACCUCAUACGUUCAUCGACCUUCUCAAGCUCUGCCGAAAACGUCUUCACCUCCUUCCGAAACCCAAAAUGAGACUCAGGCUCGACCUCCCGGUACUUCAAGGAUGGAUCAUCUGACAGAAGCGAUGAGAAUGAUGGAAACGAAGGGAACAGAAGGACAAACAGGUUUGACUUUUGAUAAGUUGUGUGAAUUGAUUAAGGAAGGCAAAGCUGGGGAAUUGCAGGGGAAAGACAUACCUGAUGAGUUGAACCCAUUACCCCCUUCCACUUCCACCCUUCCGAGUCGUCCUAAACCAUGGCAAAUGCCUGUGUCAUCCAACCCAUCCUCUACCAACUUCCAACAGCCGGCGCAAUCCCCAACCAAUACCUAUCAUGACCCCAGCUAUGAUGUCAACAACUCAAUUUUCGGCUCCGAGCCUUACUAUGGAGCUACAUCGGGUUUCCCUAUGUUAUCUCAACCGACGGAGAUCAACGCAGGUAAUACACCCAAAUCGGCUGUGGACGCAUCAUUCAUGCAUCUCCAAGGAUCCACCAUUGGCUUAUCACCGCAAGUUGGUAGUUCGCUCUCACAAGGGAUCGAGAGUCAUUUCCCAUCUGCCGCUGGGAACAAUCAGAACAUAGGAUCAGACUCAGAUCAAAUUCAAAAUCAAGUAAACGCUCAAUACCUAUCUCAACUCAGUCAAUCGAAUCUACCUGAACAUGUAGGAGGUACACCAGGAUUCGAAUAUAUCAAUUGGGCAGCUCAUGAUGAUUAUACCCCACUACCGAAUCGACAACACUUUCCAACUACUAACGGUAAUAACAUGAAAAUGGAUAUAAAUGCUGGAUCUGUUGGGUAUGAUUAUAAUCCGAUUGACGAGGAUGAGAAUAUGGAUGAACGGGAUGCCAAAAUUGAACCUGAAUUGGAUCCCAACAAUGCUGGGUGA